CUCCCCGUCGAAGCUUGGCUCAUCAGCUUGAAACAGACCGAAAUCAAGCUUGUGCUAGUCGACAGGGAUCAUCGCAGUUUGGGCUAUUGGAGUUUGGCACUACCACUUACACGCGCUUGCGCACACAAAUCCGCGUUAUUGGGUAACAGCUUCUUCAACAGUCCAAAUGACCUGAGCUCUUCCCCGACCAAGCGAGAGACGGCGUACUCUGUCGGUUCCGGGCUGUCACACUGCAUUCACCAUGAACGUGUGGGAAACCGAAGACGAAUCGGCCGGGCCGACACUCUCCCGCGCGGUGUCGCGGAGCUCUCGAAAAUCGAAGAGAUCUAUCACGCCUCCUGGGAAGAAAGGCAAAAGCCGCUCCCCCCCGCCGGUUCCUGGAGACAAGAGUGAGAGAGGAUCCAAGAGAUCGUCCAGGGAUGUCACCAACGAUGAGAACAUCAGCAUUCUGGACCCCCGUCGCUUCACGCCCACCCUCCAUGCGAGCCUGGUUUCCGAGAUUCUUUCCCUCAGGCGUGACCAGGAAGAAAAGCUGAAGAUCAUCGAGAGCCUCGAAAGUUCCCUGCACGCGGCCCGGGAAGAGUCUGAGUUUUUGCAAGCGUCACUAUUGGCCACAGGGAAGGAGAGUAGGUCAUUGAAGCGGCAGCUGUCCUUGUUGGAAGGCGGGACAUCUUCCGCGCUGGGGGAGUUAGCAAAGGAGCGCGAUGAAGCAAUCGAGUCGGCUGCGGAGGCCCGAAAGCGGCUCGAAGCGGUACAGAAGAAACUGCGGAGUCAGGAAGAAGAUUCGGAGCGCGUACAUGGGCAGUGGGCAAAGGAGAAAGAAGAAUGGGAGGAUGAGAAGCGGAAAUACGAGCGGAGGAUUCACGUCGCCGAGACGCGGCUGAAGGCGGUUCUAGAAGAGGUCGCCGCAUUCCAAGCCGCUCAGGCCCAAGGGCAAAAUGGGCAAAAUGGGCAAAAUGGGCAAAAUGGGCCGGCCAACGGGGCCGAGAGCGACGGGGAGGACGGCAGCGUCAAGGAUAACAACGAUGCCGCCAGCGUGAGGAGCAUGAGCCUCACGAACAGCGUCCGGUUCUCGGUUGCGAACAGCAUCCUCAAGGCGACGGGGAACUCCCUCGCCGACGAGUUGGGAUUCGACGGCGGUUACGACGACGACAGCGACUAUGGCGGCCGGGACAGUGUCCUGUCUAAGGGGGGGCACAUGCGGAACUUCAGCCGGGAUAGCCUAGCAGUCAAGACGCAUCAGAGACACUGGAGCACUGACAGCCUGGUGAGGCCCGGAAGCGUAGCUCGCGGAAAGCUGGCUUUCAACCGUGCUGCGCUCGAGAGGCUGGAGGACGGCAUGGUCAAAGAGGACGACGAGUCUCUUCCGCCCGCCCCCCCCAAGGUCAGCUAUGUCGACACUGGGAUACAGUUCUCACCCCCGCCGUCGCCGAAGAUCGUUCCUGUCAAGCCGCCGGCGCCCGACCCUGCGUCCUUCGUGCAGCGGCACGAGCGGGUUUGCGAUGUCGACAGCCCUCCCCGUGCCGACCAGGAGAUUGAGGCAAAUCAGCGGAGGAAACGAGUGAGUGCCACUCAGCCGCUCGCUAUUAGGAUGCCCGGAAUCCACAGCUUGAUGGUCAACGGAUCAUCUCAAACGGUCGAGGAGCCCCUAAGCCCACCGAGGACGCCCAAAUCGCCACUGCAGGAGGCAGCCCCGUCUCCGAGACCGAAGACCCCGCCGCCACCGCCGCCGCGGCCUGUCAUGGUCUCCGCUUCAACGCAGACCGAGGAGGCGCCUCCUCCUCCUCCUCCUCCUCUCGAUCCCUCUCUCCUUGCCCUCCCGAUGCCCGUUCCCAGCAUCAGCAUCAUUCCUCCAACAAGCCGCCCGACCACACCACGCGAGCCGCUUCUUCCGCAGCUCACCAAGGACUUCGGAUGCCAAGUCUCCUUGCAAACCACCAUCUCCGUGACGUCGACCUCGAUGCAAACAGAGGAGAUCCGGGUUGAUAAACGGCUGGACAAACUUCCUCCGCACCUUCACCCGUCCGCCAUCACGUCUAGGCCAUCCUCGCCCGCCGGCGGUGCUGCAGAAAAUGCCACAGAGGAUACUCGGCAGUUCACGCCAGUGCCGGGAACUCUGCCCCCGCGGAACCCGCGGCGGUUGACGAGCAAGCGGAGCCUCAACGACAUGCCCUCAUCCCCACCGAUAGCCCCGUCUAUCCUGGAAGAAGAAACCUCUGAUCUCUACCCGGGGAACAACGAUAACGGACCGCUCUCGAGUCAGAGAGCUCCUAUGCGGCGGCCGCCCCGAAUCAGCAGCUUGUUCGCCGGCUUUGAUGGAAACAGCUCCGAUGAGGCUGAUGAAUUCAUGGAUGCUGAACUCAGCGACUCCGAAUACCGCACCGCCCUGUCCGCGCCAAACCCCAGAAGCGGGUCGAGCCUCGGCGGCAAGCGGAACUCGAUUGGAACUGUGACCUCGUCCGAGAACACGUUUUCACUGAAGGCCAGCAACCGCCUGUUUGGCCGCGGGUCCGAGGAUGGCGAGGCGUUCGACUACGGAUCUUACCCGACUCAUGACAUGCGGGAUUCGUCCUUCGGCAGGAGAGUCUCGAGACGCGGCGGCCGGCCUUCGGCCUUCGGGACCAAAUCAAGCGUCAUGCGCCGGGCCGUCAUGAUCCAAAACGGCAUCGCUUCCCACCAGAGGGCCAGGAGCCCCAGCAUAACGGAUCCGAGGGAGCCUCCGUUCCCCAUCCCGACGCGCGCUAGUUCUAGGAAGCCGCCCAUCAGCAUCAGCGCCCCAAGCGAUGGGCGCGCAAGCCCAAGCAAGGGUUCGGAUGCCUGGUCUAGGCGGGGUUCUGGCAGGAGUCACUACCGUGCCAGCAGCAUUCGCAAGGUGCGCUCUGCGGCGGUCAUGCCCCGGAGCCAUAGGAACCGGCGACGCGGCAGCCGCUCGCCGCCUCCCGUCUCGCUGUCGACCGAAGCGCCCGAGAGUCCCGGGCUUCCUCCGUUGCCGGGCAACGACAUCACGGCGCCGCGCACGAGAGAUGGGUACAUGGCGCCGAGAGACAGGAGCCACAGGUCUCAGCCGUCAACCACGACGGCGAACACCGCCGACACGGGAGCCGCGUCGCACGGCGGCUCGAACCAGACACCCACAGUGGUGGACGCCAUUGCCCAAACCAUGGUGGGCGAAUGGAUGUUCAAAUAUGUGCGGAGGCGAAAGUCAUUUGGGGUUGCAGACGCCAAGGGCGGCGAUGACAGUAGCAACGACCGUCAUAAGAGGUGGGUGUGGCUCGCGCCGUACGAGCGUUCGAUUCUCUGGAGCAGCAAGCAGCCAACCUCGGGAAGCGCGCUCUUGGGCAAAUCCGGCCGCAAAUUGGCGAUCCAGUCGGUGCUGGAUGUCAAAGACGACAACCCGCCUCCAAAGGGGGUCGCCAGCAUCUUCAACAGGUCGAUUCUCAUCUUGACGCCACAGCGAGCCCUGAAGUUUACCGCCACCAGCGCCGAACGCCAUUACAUCUGGUUGACGUCGCUCUCGUUCCUUGCGCACUCUAACCAAGCCAUACCGGAGACUUUGAUGGUCCCGCAGCCGAAACCGUUAGCCGAGCAAUACGAGUUACCAAAGCCCAAACGGCGGGCAAUUCGGGACUCGAUCCGCCUCACCAAGGCCAAAGCAGGCGUCAAGUCGGAUCCGGUAACGGCGGAGUCGCAGCCGGACAGUGCCCCGCCGGCCAUUCCCACCUUCCGGCCCCGUCCAGUGCCCGAGGUCUACAGUCACCCCGCGCAUGCGCGCGACCUGUCGAGAGAUACCGCUGAGCCGCCCCCCAUCCCUCGAUUCUCCGACCGGACAAACCACGCACCGGUGGUACACGGGCGCAAGCGCAGCAACACCGGCGGGCACACCGGCCCGCCCAUCUCGUUUAGAGGCUUCUCGGGCACGGCUGGGAGCGGCGGGUAUCACACGGCGUCGAACAGCACGGCUGGCAACAGCGUCAUGACCGCCGGGUCGUCGGACAUUUACAGCAACACCGGAGCCAGCGCCAUCACGGGAUCGAGUGCCAUGACGUGGGCGACGCCCUCGGUUCGCACGUCGGAAGCCUCGAGCCGGCCGAGCGGGCCCGGCACGAAUAACUUUUUUGACGCCAUCGGCACGGUGCGCAUGGAGGCCUUCAUCAGCCCCCUCACGUGGAGCGAUACGCCGCCGUACGAGCUGGACGACUACCGGCUAAUGGCGCGACGGCGGAGCAAAGAGCUCCGGCGCCGUACCAGCCGCAGCAGCCGGCAGAGUCGCACCACGCGAGCCACGGACGACUUGGACGAGUGGUAUCUGAGGGACGAUCCCUUCAGGGGAUUUUAGGAGAGCUUUCCUCCUCUCGGCCUUGCCUCCUUUCAUUACAUCUCGCGGCUCUCGCCGCAAUCCAGUCAUGACUGACGCUUUUCCUAUUGCUUUCUAAUCUCUCUUCUUGGUCAACCGAACCCAA